GCUCUGCCUCCCCGGCGCCGCGCAAGGGUGGGGUGGGCAGGGCAGAGCAGGGCAGCCGUGACGGGUCAGCGCUUCGGCUGCCAGCUUCUACGCGUGUCCUGGCUUCCAUUUAUUAGACUGCUUUCGUAGUUUGCGGAGAGAAACGGUGAUUUUUUUUUUCCCCCCCUCCAACUUAGUCUGAACUAUGUGUUUUCGUCGAUAGUUAUGGGUGGAGAUGUAUUUGCAGGAUGGGGAGAAAAAACCCCAUCUGUGCUGUACCUGUCACUUCAUGGUUUAUGAACAGCGAAUAUAGUGAUUUGGGAAAGACUUAAGUUAAUAACUAAGCAGCUCACCAUAUAAUAAGAGCCUAUUGAGGAUUCAACAAUUUACUUUCAUAAAGAACAAAGGAAGACGUCAGAAGUUGACAUACCAGAAGUAUCUGCAUGUAUAAGAAAUUACAGAUGACUGUAGUUGAGUAAUAAGGGCUUGAUAUUAAGUCGUAAAACAGGUACUUGUUUUCAAGAAAUACAAUGGACAACAUGAAAAAAGUUUCUAACAGCUCUUGCAAUGACGGACUUCUACUUAGAAUGGGUCUUAAUGAUAACAAAGCUGGAAUGCAGGGUUUGGAUAAGGAGAAAAUCAAUAAAAUCAUCAUGGAAGCUACCAAGGGUUCUAAGUUUUAUGAAAAUGAACUUAAGAAAGAUCAACAAGUUAACCAACGAAUUGAAAAAAUGAUGCAGCUAAAAGAGAAAAUUACAGCCCAACAGCUCUUGAAAGCACAGAUGCAGGUGGACAAACUUGUGAUAGAACUGGAACAGAACCGUAACCUUAGCAGUACAAUUGUACAUAUUGACAUGGAUGCCUUCUAUGCAGCUGUGGAAAUGCGAGACAAUCCAGAGCUGAAGGAAAAACCUAUAGCAGUGGGAUCAAUGAGUAUGUUGUCCACCUCAAAUUACCAUGCUCGGAGAUUUGGGGUACGUGCAGCCAUGCCUGGAUUUAUUGCUAAAAGGCUAUGUCCCCAUCUAACUAUAGUACCACUAAACUUUGAAAAAUAUGGCAAAGUGAGUAAAGAGGUUAGAGAAAUACUGGCUGAAUAUGAUCCCAAUUUUAUGCCUAUGGGCCUAGAUGAAGCCUACCUGAACAUAACAGAGCACUUGGAGCAAAGGCUGAACUGGCCUGAAGAUAGAAGAAGGUUCUUUUUUAAUACAGAAAGCACUACAGGAAUAGAUAAAGAUUGUGUGAAUAUGUCUGCCAAAUUUAACGAAGGUGAAGUCUCUUCUUCACCAGUGCUGUUUGAAGACAACACAUCUCUGAUGGAUGACGAACAUGAACAAAGAGGUCUAUCAGUGGAAAACUCAGUUGUCUUUGGAACUUCUGCAGAGGAAGUUGUGAAGGAAAUUCGCUUUAGGAUUGAGCAGAAAACUCAACUGACUGCUAGUGCAGGAAUAGCACCAAAUACAAUGUUAGCAAAAAUGUGCAGUGAUUGUAAUAAGCCUAAUGGCCAAUACAGAAUUACUCCUGAGAGACAAGCAGUGCUAGACUUCUUAAAAGAUUUGCCCAUUAGAAAGGUGCCAGGUAUUGGAAAAGUAACAGAGAAGAUGUUAAAAGCACUUGGAAUUGUGACUUGCUCAGAACUUUACCAGCAGAGGGCGCUGCUUUCUCUUCUUUUUUCAGAAGUAUCUUGGCGUAAUUUCUUGGAUAUUUCACUUGGUUUGGGCUCAACACAUUUGGAAAAGGAUGGAGAAAGAAAAAGUAUGAGCACUGAAAGAACAUUCAGUGAAAUUAACACGGCAGAAGACCAGUACAGUUUGUGUCGAGAGCUCUGCAGAGACCUUGCUCAAGAGUUACAAAAAGAGGGACUUAAGGGUAAAACUGUUACAUUGAAGCUUAAGAAUGUGAAUUUCGAAGUUAAAACCAGAGCUUCAACUGUGCUGUCUUCUGUUUCUACUGAGGAGGAAAUAUUUACUGUUGCUAAAGAUUUGUUAGGAACAGAAAUUGAUAGUGUUGCUCCUCACCCUCUACGGAUAAGACUUAUGGGUGUACGAGUAUCAGGAUUUCUAACUGAAGAAGAAAAGAAAUACCAACAAAAAAGCAUUACAAGUUUCUUAAAAUCAGGAAAAGAAAUUGGUUACCUUAGGCUUCAGCCAGAGAAGUCCAACCAAGAGUAUUUCACAAAAAAUUCAGAAGCAACUCAUAGAGGGAGUUUUUUUGAUCAAAAGCGAGCAGCAAGACAACUAAACAGUGAGAAUAUUUCUCCAAAUGAAAGCAUAGGUAAGCAGCUGUUUCAUGAUGAUAGAUCAGCAAACAUUGUGGAAGAAACAAAGAAAGACGCCGAUUUACAGAAUUCUAAUGUUUGUAAGAUCUUCACCUGUCCUGUGUGCUUUGAGAAACAGAGCAGCAAUAAUUUGGAAGAACUUAAUAGACACAUUGAUGAGUGCCUCAAUGGGAUGUGUGUUAAAGAUACUGUGAAAAUAUCCAAGAAUGACAGUUCAAGAGCAAAUACAUCUAACUUUCUUCCACAGUUUAAAACUGAGUGGGUUGAUAAAUGUCAAAAAAAUGAAACAUAUCAAUUAUCAGGAACAGACCAGUCUGCAAGUGUAUCUGACAGCUCUACUGACAAUAGCACAGAAAAAUUUGCUCAGAUAAUACCUGAUAAAUCUCCCAGAGAACGACAGCCUAACAAUCUCAGUGACAUUGCUAGAAAUGUGUGUAUGAAACAGUGUGUCUUCCCCAAACGAAUGUCACAAGACAAUGAAGACCAUUUUGACAAGACUGAAGAUAAAGAAGGAAGUAGUUCAUCCUGUUUCUUUGAAGUCAAAGAAGACAGUGUUCUUGUUUGUCCAGUUUGUAAUUCAGAACAGAAAACCACCAAUCUAAUGUCAUUUAACAGACAUGUUGAUAUCUGCUUAAAUAAAGGCCUUAUCCAGGAGCUAACAGAAAAACAGGAUUUUCCGACUAAGACUUAUAAUGUGGAAAACUCAAACAGAAUUUUCUCUGGAGGUUUAAGCAAAGGACAGCAAUACACAAAUCCUUCACAAGGAACAAAAAGGUCUGGACUAACAGCUUCACAGUCAGUAUCUAAAAAACCCAAGGCAAGCAAUUCCAAACAUACAAUCAAAAUGUUUUUUAAAUGAUUGUGUAGCAACGUGUUCUACAUGAAGCAUUUAAUAGAGUUUUAUGACUGCAAGUUAAUUUAGCUUUGGCAGUAGGCUGGAUUCAGGUGCCUGUCAUUUUGGAACCAUUCCAUAUCUGUGUAAUAAGAACAUGAUAUCUGAGAUAUAAGAAGAGGUAAAACGAAGGGGUUUUUUCUUUUCUUUUUUUUUCUUUUCUUUGGAGAAUAAUACUUUUAUUUCCACUUGUUUCCAAGAAUCAGAAUUUGGUAGCACUUUGAUUUAGCUCCCUAGAAUACACAGGAAUCAUUAGCUAGGGUGCUCCACUGUACCUACUGAAGGCCCUCUUCCCACAUCUGAACUUCCGUCUUCCCUAUUGUAAAAAUAAAAGUGUGAGAUUAACUGUAUGAUAACAAAGAGGAGUUGAGUUGCUCAAUUUCAGCUAAUGUUUGUCUUCGUAGUGGAUACAAAAAUGUGUUAGUCUCUCAGUUACACAGAAUAAGAACAAGAACUUAGAGCACUAUCAAGCUCUCAUUGUUACUGAAAAUUACUUCAGUAAGAGUUGAUUGACCAGAUCUGAAGGACUUGUCAUGGUAUGAUAUGCAACAACUUCACUUAUUUGAAAAAUGUUUAAAAAUCUGUUAAGUGAGAGGAUUCGUCCAGGAUACUCAGACAAAUGUUGAAUGAUGAAAAUGAUGAAUGAUGAAAUGAUGAAAAUGCCGUUUCAUCUUUGGCCUUUCCAAAGGGACUGAAAACUUUUACAGUUUGAAAUUGUUACCAGUGAGUAGCACUAAAUUUCCUCUAAAUAAAAGGUUUCAUGGUGCAAUAAUAAUGAAUUACAUGCAAAUACAAGAUAAUGAACUUUCUUAUUGUUUAGCUAUCUUUCUCUUUUAAAUUAUUUUGUAUUGCUGAAUAAAGUGUAUUCUGUGAGUGCGUAUGUGGAAAAAGGAAUGUAAGUGCAAAUAUUUAAAAUGCUCUGUUUAGAUUUUUUUCUGUUCACAUCAAAUUGUUUAAAGACAUUUUAUUAUAAUCAAAUAUUUAUCAGACAAAUAAUUUAUUAUAACAUAUUUCUUAGAAGUUAUACAAACAUUGCCAAGCCCUGUAGGAAAUAUAAAUUGCUUUUUUAACUGCAAGGUCUUUUAAAGAAAUGGCUGCUGCAGAAGCAUCUAUUUUGCUGUUCAACUGUAUUGAGAUUUCCUUGCUUUUUAAUCAAACAAAUGUAUACAUUCUAUGUGUUAGAUGCUCAAGCUCAGUUCAGAAUAUGCUUUCCUGUUUCCAGAAUGGCUGGAAUGAUUACACCAUCUCUACCUGCUUAUCUGUUUGUCAGAUGCCACUGUACCCACAGCUCUGUCAUUUGAAUUCAUGUCAGUGCUCCCUUACCUUCUUUGGACCAAAUCAGCUGGACUAGUUCAAACUUUAAAUUGACUCAGUCAGCUUUUUCAAACUGGGUCAGUGAGCACUCAGCAUGAGCUAUUCUGUUGCCAGGCAUGGGAACUUCUCAUAGGAAAGACAUAAAAGCAACUGAGGGAACAUGUCUGCCAACUGCUGUUUAGAAAGUGAACACCUAUCCCUUUUUUAGUUUGUAUCUCUGAUUCAAUAAAGUGUAGAAUCUAAGUAUUACCUUGUCAUAGUGUGUAUAUCUUUAAAACGUCUAUUUUUACAUAGCAUUACAUAGCAAAAAGUAAGCUACUCUUAGGUGCUUGAAAAAAAUAAGUUAGUUGUCUUAGCCUCAAAAGUUGCCUUGCCAUCUGUUUAAAAGGGAAGUGUCAUAGACUUAUCCUAGUGGUCAUGAAAAGGUUGUGGAUGUGUCAGUAUUAAUGUAAAAAUAAAACUCAGUGUGUUACUGUAAAUUAUUUAUUACAGUGCAAUUGUGCAUUGACCCUGACUGGAUGCCAGGCAGACAGCAAAGCUGCUCUUUCACUCACCUCUGCAGCUGGACAGGGGAGAGAAAAUACAGUGAAGGGUUCACGGGUUGAGACAGGGAGCAGGAGAGAUCACUCAUCAAAUACCGUCAUGGGCCAAGCAGGCUUUCAUUAGAGAUAUUAAUUGAAUUUAUCACUAAAAAAAUGAGAGCAGAAUGAGAAGAAAAGUAACACCUUAAAAAACACCUUUCCCACAUCGUCUCUCCUUCCCAGCUCUACCUCCUCCCCCAGUGGCACACAGAGACAGGGAAUGGAGGUUAUGGUCAGCUCCUCACAUGUUGUUCCUGCUCACAGUGAGGAAUCUUUCCCCUGCUCCAACAUAGGGGGUCCCUCCCAUGAGAGACAGUUCUCCAUGAACUUCUCUAACAUGAGUCCAUCCCUUGGGCAACAGAUCUGUGAACUGCUGCAGUGUGUGUCACUCUUCCAUGGGGUGCAGUCCUGCAAGGACAGGCUGCUCCAGUGUGGGUGCUCCACGGUGUCACAAGCCCUACCAGGAACCCUGCUGCAGCAUGGGCUCCUCUCUGCACAGGUCUGCAGCUCCCUGCUCCAGUGUGGGCUUCCCAUGAGGUCACAGUCCCCUCUCAGACAUCCACUGCUCCAGCACAGGUCUGUUUCCCCCAUGGGCUGCCGGUGCAUCCCUGCACCCCCUGACCUCCAUGGGCUGCAGAGGCACAGCUGUCUCACCAUGGGCUGCAGGGCCUGGAGCACCCCCUGUCCAGCUUCUGCAGGGACCUUGGUGUGUACAGAGCUGUUCCCCUCACAAAUUCUCACUCUAUUCUUCUGUGGUCACUAUUACAAUUUUGCAAUAAUUUUUUUUUGUCUCAAAUCUGUUAUCAGAGAGACCUUACCACUGUUUCUGCUUGGCUCAGUCUUGGCCAGCAGCGGGUCUAUCUAGAGCUGGCUGGAAUUGCCUUUGCUGGAUAUGGAGGAGGCUUCUGGCAGCUUCUCACAGAAGCCACCCCUGUAACACCCCUGCUACCAAAGUUUAAUAAUGCAAACCAAAUACAAAGUUGUAUGUGUUUACUGGUUUAAAAGUCCUUUUCUCCUAUACUUCUUAUAGUUUUUGAUGCCAUACUUAUUACUGUUUUUAUCUGAAGCAGACCUUCAGUUCAUGAUUAAGCAUUGUCGACAAUUUCCGUGAUAGAAUUUUUCUUCUUGUUUCUUGUGGAGAAGACUGUAUAACCAAUG